AAUUUCCAUAGCACCCCAAAUUUACUAGAGCUUCACAUACAUGGUCUUUUUGAGCUGCACAAGUCUUGUAAGAAGGGAAUUAUUAUUGUUCCCAUUUUACGGAGGAGGAAACUGCUCGGAGAGGAUAACUGACCUGUAAGGCAUCACAGCAAUAUGAGGGACAGAGAUACACAAGCAUCCAGACGUCCCCGUUCCGAAUCCAACCUAAAGACGAACAAAUCGCUCCCAACCCCCACCGUCUGCAGCGAAGACGGAAGGACACACACCGGCCGUCCCAGCUCGCAGGGCUCCAACAGCCGCCGGCCCCGGCCCCAUUUCCGGAUGGUACAGCCCUUUCCACUAUCGCGAGACCGGAAGCAUCGCGCAUCUGGUUGCCAGGGAAACAGCGGUGCCACAGGCAGGAGGGAUCUGGACCGGCGGCUUCUUCCACCACCAGAGAGGCUGAGGUGGCGGGAGAGAACCCUCUCCUUUGGGGGGAAGUGGCUGGCGCGGCGAGUGUCUGCGGCGCGCUUCUGCGGCCAUCUGCGCCCUGACUGACGGCGGCCAGUUCCUCGAGGAGGCCCGGCGGGAAGGAUUUCAAUGGAUAUUAUAAAGGGAAACCUAGAUGGAAUUUCAAAACCAGCUUCAAAUUCAAGAAUACGCCCUGGGAGCAGAAGUUCAAAUGCUUCUUUGGAGAUGCUCUCAACAGAACCAGGAUCCUUCAAGGUCGAUACUGCAAGCAACUUGAACUCUGAUAAAGAGGACCACUCCGAAAGCAGUAAUACAGAGAACAGAAGAACUAGUAAUGAUGAUAAGCAGGAAAGCUGCUCUGAGAAAAUAAAAUUGGCUGAAGAGGGAUCAGAUGAAGAUCUGGAUUUGGUUCAACAUCAGAUAAUCUCUGAGUGUUCAGAUGAACCCAAAUUACAAGAAUUAGAUUCUCAACUUCAAGAUGCUAUUCAGAAGAUGAAAAAACUUGAUAAAAUAUUGGCAAAGAAACAACGCAGAGAAAAAGAAAUUAAGAAGCAAGGUCUAGAAAUGAGAAUAAAGCUGUGGGAAGAAAUUAAGUCUGCAAAAUAUAGUGAAGCUUGGCAAAGUAAAGAGGAGAUGGAAAAUACAAAAAAAUUUUUAUCUUUGACUGCUGUUUCUGAAGAAACUGUUGGUCCUUCUCAUGAGGAGGAAGACACCUUUUCCUCAGUGUUUCAUACUCAAAUCCCUCCAGAAGAAUAUGAAAUGCAGAUGAAGAAACUCAUUAAAGAUUUUACCUGUGAUGUGGAAAGAAAUGAGUCAUUGAUCAAAUCAGGAAAGAAACCUUUCUCGAAUACAGAAAAGAUUGAGCUCCGGGGUAAACACAACCAGGAUUUUAUUAAGAGAAACAUUGAGUUGGCCAAGGAAUCAAGAAACCCAGUGGUUAUGGUUGACAGAGAGAAGAAAAGGCUGGUUGAGCUUUUGAAGGACUUGGAUGAGAAAGAUUCUGGGCUCUCCAGUUCUGAGGGUGAUCAGUCUGGCUGGGUGGUCCCAGUAAAAGGAUAUGAACUUGCAGUCACGCAGCAUCAGCAGCUUGCUGAAAUUGAUGUAAAACUCCAAGAACUCUCUGCAGCCUCCCCAACAAUUUCCAGUUUUUCUCCAAGACUUGAAAAUCGGAAUAAUCAGAAACCUGACCGUGAUGGUGAAAGAAAUAUGGAAGUAACUCCAGGAGAAAAGAUACUUAGGAACACCAAAGAGCAACGCGAUCUGCAUAAUCGGCUGAGAGAGAUUGAUGAAAAGCUGAAAAUGAUGAAGGAAAAUGUGUUAGAGUCCACAUCACGUCUCUCUGAAGAACAGUUAAAGUGUCUUCUGGAUGAAUGCAUACUUAAACAAAAAUCCAUCAUUAAACUUUCUUCAGAAAGAAAAAAUGAAGACAUUGAGGACGUAAUACCUGUGUUCCCCCAGCUUUCCAGGUCCAUCAUCUCUAAAUUGCUAAAUGAAUCAGAAACAAAGGUCCAGAAAACUGAGGUAGAAGAUGCAGAUAUGCUUGAGAGUGAAGAAUGUGAAGCUUCUAAAGGCUACUAUCUCACUAAAGCCUUGACUGGACAUAACAUGUCAGAAGCUCUUGUCACUGAAGCAGAGAAUAUGAAAUGCCUUCAAUUUUCCAAGGACGUUAUUGUUAGUGACACAAAAGACUAUUUUAUGUCGAAGACUCUUGGCAUUGGGAGACUGAAAAGGCCCUCCUUCUUAGAUGAUCCGCUGUAUGGUAUCAGUGUGAGCCUUUCAUCAGAAGACCAACAUCUGAAACUCAGUUCUCCAGAGAAUACAAUAGCAGAUGAGCAGGAGACUAAAGAUGCAGCAGAAGAAUGUAAAGAACCCUAAUCAAGGACUUGCUGGGUGUGCUUUUAAGAAAGUUGGUAAUGAAGUUAAAUUAAAUUUCUUAUUGAAUUAUUUGAAUUCAAUGAAUGCACUGCAGAGACUAUUCUUUAUUGAUUUUGACAUUUGGAGUCGCUCUUUGUGGAUUAUAUUUCUUUGAUAUUUUUGAGACUUGGGGUGUAAUUGUUCAGUGGGUUUUGCUCAUUAAAAUUUCUGGGACUAUUGUUUAUAAAUUUAUUGCUAAUCUUACAAUAUUAGGAUUCAUUAUAAAAACCAACAAACAUUUUAAUGUAUACGUGUUAGGGUGAAACUCGUUGAAGUGCUGUGAUUGUCCUGUAUUCAAUUUUGUAUGUUUCACCUCUACUGUGAUUCAGACAGAUCAUGGUGGUCACUGGGAAUUUUUGCUGUGGCCCUGCUUUUCCUUCUUCCCACUUGUCUCAUGUCUGUGAAAUUGGUACAACCUGCCAUAAGAUGAAAUGAAUUGUCUCAACAAAGCAAUAUUAGAAGAGCCUUUACUAUCUUAUUGGUGAUGACACGUUUCUUAAGUAGGAGUUUGAGUGAAUUGUUUGAUAUAUUACUUUGUUAAUAAUAGUUAACAAUAGUUUCUUAUUUUCUUUCAGAGUUUGGGCCUUUUAGAUUGCAUCAAAUAAGGAUGAGCUACUUUAAAAGAAAGUCUGCAGUACUAUUUUAAGAGAGACGGUUUAGUUACAAGUCAGUAACUUAGAUUCAUGAGAAAAUUUUACGUUGACAUUCCAUAAGAUGAGUUGGCAUUAGAAUUGCAAGUGCAGUUUAUUUCUGAAUCAAAAAAUGAGCGGGCUGCUGUGCUGCCUUUAAUAAAAUUUGAGUGAUGUAUACAUAACAUUGUUUUUGCUGGCACAUGUUCAUCCACUGAUACUGAAUAACAUUAAUGAUUGUUUAUAUGGAAUUUCCUUGACUUUUUAAAGUGAGGAAUUCUAUAGCUACUAUUUUCAGAGGUAUUGAUAGGCAGUUUCUUUUUCCAGACACUAUUUCAGUUUACUAUUUGUUCAUUUAAAAUAGCAAUUGUUCAUGCUGAUGUCAAUGUGCUACAUAUAAUUUAUCUUGAUGCCAAGAGUUUUGCUGUGGGAUGGAAGUAUAAGUUAAAAGUUGUGAUUUCAGAUUCUCAUAGGAAUGCCAUGAGGCACACUCUGUGUUUUAGGGUUUGGGUGGGAAGAAUCAGAGGGCAAAGGUGAUAUGGGUGAGAAUUUGUUGUGGGGCAGAGAGGGGCCAGUGUUGUCCAUCAGCCUUUCAGAGGAGUUCAGCUUUCUAAAUCUAUGCUUUUCUGGUAUUUGAUGUUUGUAUGUAUGAGAGAGAGAGAGAGAGAAAGAAGGAGGAGGGAGGGGAGGGGAGGGUAGGAAGGAAAAAGGGGAGGGAAGAGGGAGACAGAAAGAAACACAGAGUAAAAUCAUUUCUAGACUUGCACUGCAAAGGGCUUAUGACUUUAUAAUUUGCUUCUGCCAAUGAUAUUUGGGACAUAGUGAGCCUUUCUGUUAUUUAGGUAAGGGGGAAGAAAAUAGAGUGAUUUUAAGUAACGAAUUCUGCCAUAAAAGAGGUGAGACCAUUCAUAGCCUGUCAACUGAAGGUAACUCUAACAAGGACUGGUAACUAAGUCUGUAACAUAAUUCAACACAAAGCUUCCGGAUUUUUUUUAAAAAGUCACCCUGAUUUAGAUAGAAAGUGUUAUUAAAAAUAGAUGUUUUUAUUUUGGAUUUCCCUUUAGGGCUUAGUGUUUGUCCAGAACAAGGUGAAACCCUGUCUCUACUAAAAAUACAGAAUUAGCCGGGCGUGGUGGCGGGCACUUGUAGUCCCAACUACUUGGGAGGCUGAGGCAGGAGGGAGAAUUGCUUGAACCGGGGAGGCAGAGGUUGCAGUGAGCCGAGAUUGUGUCACUGCACUCCAGCCUGGGCGACAGAGCAAGACUUCAUCUCAAAAAUAAAAAGAAAAAGAAAUUAUAGAAGAGAGAGAGAGCCAAUUAAUUUAAGGAAUGAAUUCAGGAGCUUAAUACUGGAGGCUUUUCUACAUGUGACUCUUUAGAAAAAAAAAACUACUGGCACCACCUUUAUUGUAUGUACAUUCUUAUAAGACCUAGAGUUUAUUGCUCUUCACUUGAGCUCUCCCACAACACAUGACAAUAAACUGUUGGAGGAGGAAAAAAGCUAUCAUCUCGAUGACAUAAUUUUAAUUUUUAACAAGUCCUUUAUUUCAGUACAACCUGAUUAUUUGAAGGUCAGUCUUAGGGUGAAACUGGAACAUGCCUGGAAGAAAAGCUCCUCUUUCCAGUCACUUUUUCUGUCUUAUCUUGGUAUUUUCAAUCAGUUUUGCUUCACUAUCCAAGAAUGAAUUAGAAUUAUCUCCCAGCACUUCAAACGUUGAACUCUUCUGAGAAUGAAUGAUGGUAUUUAAUUCUUUGCCAUUUCAAAGAAUUAUUUCCUUCAGAUCAGUUUUCCUAACUCCACAGCUAUUAUCAACACUUUCUAGUUCCUGCUUCUUCACCUUGGUACUAUAAAAUGAUUUGGCAAUUUACAUUUGUAUGUGAUCAUUGCUACUCAGAAAGAUGAGUAUUUAUAGAAUAAGAGUGAAAAUCAACAAGGAAGAUUUUAUCUCACCCAGCCAGUCCUUUCUAGUGUUUAAUAGACCUCAAAGCCAGACCUUUAACCUACUCAUAAAAUUUCUUCUUUGAUCUGUUUUCAUUAAAACUGGAAAUUAACUGGUCAGUGUUCCACGUUCACGAUGAGCCCAUCCAAAAAUCAAGGUCUGCUUAUUGGUACACUUGGGCCUUUUCUUCACAUGAUAAUUUGUAUUUAGACACACACGCAUUUAUGGAUUCCUUCCAAAUUUUACAUUUUUUAGUCUUUUUUGAUUAAACUUAUUAUUCCUUCUUCAAGAGGAGUAUCUGUAAUGCUUGGCUCAACAUUGCAAGGACAGCUCCUCCCUCAUCCACAUUUACUUCCGAAGUGUCUCCACAACAUGCAGUCGUGUUGCCCACCCAAUGCAUCAUUCGUGGGUCAGAAAAUGUCGCUGUGAGAGUUGCGUGUGCUUCAGUGUUUUUCCCUUUGUUUUCAUACUGCACUUUGAAAAGGAUUCAAUGACAUCUAAUGACCUUAAUAAGAAAUUUUAUUCUUAUGGGGGCCCUUGACUUAGGGAUAAUUUCUCUUUUAUAUGUUUUUGAUAUGGCAGGCUAAUGUAUCAUUUUGUUCUUUUAUUCCACAAAUGCAGCAAAUUCUAAGCCUAGGCCUGAGCAACUCAGUCUUUCUAAAUCACAUACAAACUGUGAAUGUUGCUAUGACUUACCGUAAUUUCUUUUUGUAUAUGCUAUAUUGAUUUAUGAAUGGUAUUUACGCAUAUACUUCAUGACAUAAAUCCAGUAGAGAACAAAUAAGCAUGGAUACAGUAAGUAUAAAUAUAAAUUUCCAUAUGAUUUAUUGUUGUUCCUUGUACAUAAGAAACAGUAAUAUACAACUUACACUGCUUUAGAAUGUAAAAUGGAUAAAAAUGUGUACAAAAAAAAGCACAUUCCUAGAAAAAAGUAUUGGCAAAUAGUAAAAAUGGGAGGUCAAAAGCAAAAAAAAAAAAAAAAAAAAAUCAAAACAAAAAAAGAAAAAACCAACAAUUCUUCAAUUCAGUGUGCAAACAUUAUAUAAAAAUAGAAAUACUAACUCUACAGGCAGUAUUUCCUGAUAAAUUAUUUAAAUAGCAUAUCUACACAAUCUGAGAUAUCUAUUCCAAUGGCAAUGAGAAAAUAAUUUAUAAAAAUAAAGCAAUGGUAUACAAGAUGAUAGAAAAAAAACGUAACUUUCAGAAAUUGUAUUUUAACAUUUCAAUGCUAUUUCCUUAUUGGGAAUACUUCUCUGCAGAGUUUUUAUACUAUGUACAACAUUGACUUUUUAGGUACUACAGUAGCUUUAAGUUUGUUAGACACUUAAACUCUUUCUGCUUGAUCCAAAAAUUCUUUACUCAGUCACACAACAAAUGAGGUAAUAUU